AACUCUUUUUCGUGUCAAUAAAAAUGGACAAAGCAUAUAAAAUACAAAGACAGGCCCGGGAUAAUGUGAACACCUUGCAAACAUAUCUCACAGACUUACAGAAUUGGGAGAUUGAAAUGAAACGUAAAGAGGCCGCGCUUAACGGUGAAUUCGUACAGGAUCUUCCACCAGUAAGGAGCAAGGCGCGUAAAGAGAAACCCGUGCAAGUCAAGAAGCAGCCAGAGAAAAGGAUCACAGGAUCUGACUACAGUGCCUGGGACAAGUUUGAUGUGAACAAAGCAUGUGAAGAAGUAGACAUGGCAGAUCUGGGCCCCGUGUCCCUUGACAGCAAGAAGAGUCAGUCAGCGAAGGCAGAAAAGUUGAAAGAAGAAGGACGGUAUGAGAAGGAGAGGGGUAACAAUUUCGUUAAGCAAGAGAAAUGGGACGAGGCUAUCUCCUGCUACAAUAGAGCCAUAGAACUCGUCAAAGACGAUGCCAUCUUUUACGCAAACAGGGGACUGUGUUACCUGAAAAAGGACAGUCUCCACCAGGCGGAAACGGACUGCACGGAGGCGCUGCGCCUGGACCCCACGUACGUGAAGGCACUGCAGCGGCGCGCGACGGCCCGCGAGCGGCUGGGCUCGCUGCGCGCCGCGUCGCACGACCUGGCCGCCGUGCUGCAGCACGAGCCGCACAACGCCGCCGCGCGCCGCCAGCUCGAGGCCAUCAAGGCCAGGAUGGGCACCAAGGGGGCGAAAUCAAAAUCAUCACCAUUAUCAACUCCAACGAAUGAAUCGAAACCCGUCGUGACGAAUCCUCCAUCGCCGGCAAAGAUCGUGGAAUUGCCAAGCGAGCCAGUGAAGAAGGAACUCAGCCCGCUAGAGAAAUGGAGAAACGGUGUCGGUGAAAAUAUAACAGUUAUACGACCAGUGAAGAAACCUCCACAUUUAAGAUCUAGGAGAGCAUUAAAACACGUGCCCAUUCAAGAAGUCCCCUUAGGCCGUAAUGCGCACGACAAAGCACCAACACGGAUGAAGAUUAUAGAAAUUAAUGAUAAUAUGUCACAUGGGGACUCGAACAAUAAUGAUUCCAACAAGAUCACCGACAAAAUUGUCGAGACCACCCCACAUUGUGAUGGUGACAAGAAGAUUAAUAUGAAAAUUACUGAACAUGUCAAUGUUAAUGAAGUAAUGCAAAAUAUGGUACCACCGGUGAAUAGUGUUCAAUUUAUGGCAGAGUGGAAGUAUUUGAAAGGAAACAAUCAUGCACGGAGUGAUUAUUUGAGUAUAAUAGAACCAACAAAGUUACCAUCGAUCUUCGAGAAUGCUCUGGAAAGCGACGUGCUCUCUGAACUCCUAUACACGUUAUGUAAUAAUAAGGAUAAAUUUAGAAACAAAACAAUAUCAGCUUAUCUCAAGGGACUCUGCAAGGUUAAGAGAUUCUCCGCUCUGGCUAUGUUCCUCACGAACAGUGAUAAGAAUUUGUUAAACGACAUGCUGUCUCACUGCAAGGAUGUUGAAAAUUUAAGCGACAAUGAAAUUGCGGACUUGACGAACAAAUAUGAACUUUAAUAUUGUAAUAAAGUAUUAGAAAACAUUGCUAAUAACAAGAGUAAAAUUUUGAUUUUGAGGACUGUUUUUAAUAAAAAUUAUCAUUUGGAAUUGUUAUUAGUUGUGAUAAUACAGAACAAUUCGCUUACGAAGUUAAAUUUUGCAUAAUCAAAAGCAGUUUUCGAAUUUAAAUGUAAUUUGUAAAACGUCGCUCUGCAAUGGAACCUCGUUAAGCACAAAUUUUUUGGUCUCUUUAUUUAUUUAUUCGAUAGAAAAUCUCGCAACGAAAUUAAAACAAACAAAAAAUUUAUACGGAACAACGUCAUCUAUUGAUGACAAUUUGAACAGCGAGGAACGUCAAAUACGGCCAUUUUGCUAGAUCGAGCCAAUUGUGUGUUGGGUUAUGUGUUGACAAUGAGUCUACUACUAUUAUGCCUUCAAAAUUAAUUAAAAUAUGUAACCUGCGUUUGAUCAACCUCUUUCGUAUCUUUGCCAUUGCACGUCACAAAUUUUUAAAUAUAAAUAAUCUUUGCUCUGCUGGCAUUGCUAUAUAAAGCAUAUUAAAUCUGAUUAAGGAAAUUGUACUGUCUACAUAAGAUUUAAAGUCCAUAUUUGCAUAAACGCGCAAACGUUCUGAGUCUACUACGUUCCUGUCACCAAAAAUUGACUGGCGCGUUUAUUUGAAAAGUAUCUUAGAACAAAAAAAAAAUACUGUGUAAAUGAAGUAAAAUUUUUUGCUAGGUAUUUAACGAAUCAUAAUUUUACAUUAGCAACUGAUCCUUGUCGAGUUGCGAGCUGUUAUAGUCGGUCCUAAAGGCUUUUACAACAAAUGCACUUGAGUUAUUACUUUGAAACGUUUUUAUAGGGACGCUAUUCAUUGCAGAGUGACGUGCAUCUGAAUUUUAGAUAGAGAAACUAUGAAUUGAUAUAGAAUAUGUAUUUAGAUAGACUUUUCAAAUAAUUUCUAUCCUUUUUUUAAUGCCUUUUAUUUCAUUUCGGAACAAAUUAUAAUUAUAUAACUGCAAACGUAAUAUUAUAAAUGCAAAAGUUAGUUCGUUUAUUUGAUAGUUUGCUACGCUUUAACAUCUGGACAACUCAAAUGAUAGCUCCCUCCCUCCCCUCCACUCAGGCGGAUAGUGAAAACUAGUUAAAUAUAUCAUAUUAUUGAAGCUAACCUCCGGCUGCUGAGAAUGCGUUAUUGAAGCCGUGAUCGAAUGUACCAUGUAACAAUGAAAUCAACUUAAAACAAAUGUAAUGUUUAUUAAUUAAAUGAGCAAACAAUUUUCUUGCUGCUGUUACAUGGUUAUGUCAACUGUACCUUACUUUAGUAGUCAAAGACAACUAACAGUUUUUCGAAAUGUAUUUUCUCAGCGGCCGGAGUUUAGUUUUACUUUUGCGAGUAUUUCAUUGUGAAAUUUUAUGCUUUCACGUUGCACUUAUUUCUUGUGUUAUAUGGUUUACGGUCUUCAUUCGAAUGCCAAAUGCUAGAAGAGAGAAAAUUGUAUAACUAAACUACUUUUAUAACAUGUAAGGUUAUAUGUGUAAAGGUAAAAUGUUAUUGAUUAUAAAUCAAUUUUAAACUAUAGCCAACUAAAAGAGGAGUAAACAAAAAUAAACAACAUUGAUGUUUAAUUGUCGCUGUGUCAUUGGUCGAGAAUUUAAAUUAUCUAUGAUAUUCAUUAUGGAUUCACGAUGCCGUCUUUAAUAUCGGCGUGGUUUUUAUUCAAACUAUGGAAGAACUUUGUCUUAUAAAUGAAAUUACAUCAACUAAGAACAGUUUGUAGUGUAUAAUAUAGCAAUGCAUACAUGAAUUAUGUAAAUCCAAGGUUUGUUUAUAUUUACUCCUUGUUUGAUUGGAAUAGACAAUAUAUAUAAAUUUGAUUGUUAUUUUGUUUACAUUUUUAAUGGUCAUAGAUUAAAUAGACGUGUAAAUAAAAGGCUUUUACAUACAUAUCUGAGUUUGUCCAAACGAAGUCCUAUUGAAACUAAAUCUGUCGAAUAUAAAUAUGUAUUGUGUUUUGAUUUUUAUUUAAAUACAAACAAAAAUAUUUGGCUUGUAGAUGUUUAAAAAAUAUUUUUAAGAUGAUUAUUAGUAAAAUUAAUUAAGUAGGUAUAUUAAAAUAGUACUAAAAUUGAACCACUGCGCUUCGUGUUUGGUGGGUUUGAUCUGCACAAAAUCCUACCACCUACCUACCAUAUUCAUUUAGCAAACAAUUUAUGAGUUUAAGGUUUUUAUAUUUCAUAGAAGUGGUUCCUUAAUUUUGUAAUAAAAUGUUUAGUCAUAUUUUCAUGUAAUUUUUUGCGUGAUUUGGUGCAAGGAUGCGUUUUAGUUGUAUGAUUUAAGGUUAAAUAAAUUUGAUUAUUAA